GCAUUAAGAUGACACAUGAAAACAAAGAGGAAAUAGAAUCACAGAACAAACAAAAAGAAGACCAACAAAUGCAACAUAGAGACUCUCCAGUGAAAGGAAUAGAAGACUAUCAGAUGGCAAGCACUCCGCACGAGGUCUUUAAUGGUGAAUCUAUCAUAUCUCUGGAACAGGAAUCUACAGAUAAUCUUUCUGACAACGACAAAAUGCUCAAAGCUACCAUUUGUCCUGACUGUGGGAAGAGCUUCAGUAACACCUCUCACCUAAUUCGUCACCGUCGUGUCCAUACAGGUGAAAAGCCAUACCGGUGCACACAUUGCGGCAAGGGCUUCUCACAGAGUUCCAAUCUCAUCAUCCACCAACGGACACAUACAGGUGAACGACCUUUCACCUGCCCAGAGUGUGGGCGGAGCUUCAGCCAUAGUUCUGAUCUCAUUCAGCACAAGCGGAUCCACACUGGGGAAAAGCCUUACGUCUGCUCCAUCUGUGGAAAAUGCUUUUCUCAGAGCUCAAAAGUCACCCAACACAAACGCUUCCAUUCUGGGGAGCGUCCAUUUUCCUGUGGGGAGUGUAGCAAAACCUUUCGCCUCCGGGCUGAUUUGGUCCGUCACCUCCGCGCUCAUACCGGAGAGCGACCUUUUGGCUGUCCUGAGUGCGGGAAGCAUUUUGCAGAGAGCUCCCAUCUUAUCCGACACCAGCGGAUCCAUAUGAGCGAGCGUCCCUUUCGCUGUCCAGACUGUGGGAAAGGAUUCAAUCAGAGCUCCAACCUCCAGCAGCAUCAGCGGGUGCACCGAGGCCAGAAACCCUUCAAAUGUGAUGAGUGUGGGAAAGGUUUUGGCGUAAGCUCGGCACUCUUGCAACACCAGCGAACUCACACCGGUGAACGACCCUACUGCUGCAGCCAGUGUGGGAAGAGUUUCAGUGUCAGCUCCACCUACCAUAUACACCAACGUAUUCAUGCAGGGCAGAAGCCCUACUCAUGUGCAGACUGUGGGAAAGGCUUUGUGCGUAGCUCUGCUCUCCUUCAGCAUCAAGCAACUCACACUGGCGAGAAGCCCUUUCGAUGUCCCUAUUGUGGAAGAGGGUUUGGACAGAAAUCAGCACUUUCUCAGCAUCGGCGAGCCCAUGUGAGGAGAGGGGAGACAUUGACUUUGAUGGAAGGAUGGGACACGGCUGGGAUGGAAGAGGUUGGGGACCAGGGAGUGGGAGGGGAAGCACAUACCCUGUGGCAGGGGAAUGGGAUAGGGAUUAUGGAGCCUGAAUGGCAGGGUGUUGGAGAUGAGGCCACAAGGCAGGAAUGGGAGGAUGAUGGGGAUGAGGCCAUGAGGGUGGAGUGGCAGGAUGACGUUGAUGAGGGUCUGGAGGAACAGUUGCAGGAUGAUGGCAGAGAAAGCAUGAGGCAGACCUGGAAAGAUGGUGUGGAAUCCUCCAUGAGGACCGAGUGGCAGGACGAUGAGGAUGAACAACUGGAACAGGGAUCACAGGGGGAUUGUACUGAAAGCAUGAGGCUGGAAUGUCAGGAGGAGGAUGACGAUGAUGACGAUGGUGGUGAUUACAGGAGGGUGGAGGAGAGUUUCCAGGAUGACAAUCUGAGUAUCAGGCUAGAGUGUCAUGAUGAUGAAGAUGGUGAAAGCGUAGAAGAAUACAUACAAGGUGACAGUAAUUCAAACACUGGGGGGAAAGGUCAGGAUGAGAUCCCAAAGCACGAUUGGCAGGAUGAUAGAGGCGAAAGCAUAAGGGAAGAAUGGGAGACUACUUUAGAUAAUUUAAGGCAGGAGAAAUUGAUUGAGGAACAGGAAUGGCAGGACAGCGAAGACGAUAGUGAGAAGCAAAAUUGGCUAGGAGAUGGGGAGGACAGCUUGAAGAGAACAAGACAGAAGUCAGAGGCUGAGUCACCCAGCUGAAGCUGAGGAGCUUAAGGAAUUGAAAUGAUUGACUGGGAUAUAGUAGAAGAGAGUAGAAUGCCUACAAUGCUCAUAAUAGCUCAAACCAGCGAGUCAUCAAAAGUCAUUGUGGCUAAACAGCAGAAUCGUACUUUGAUGCAAAGCGGUCAUGCUCUUCUGCAACAAAUAUAGUUGUAUUUAUAUUUGUAGGGUAUUCUGUGGUGUCUACUCUCCACUUGAACAUGCCCCUCACUCCAGUCCCUGCAUGCCUGUGCUACAGAGCGCUGUGUGGUGGCUGCCUUA